UACUUAAUUACUUACUCUUUCUUUCUCUCUCUCUCUCUGUGUCUGAGCACAGAGCAAGACAACAGUCAAUCAAAAACCAAGAACCCCACAAACUCACAGUCUCACUCACCUCCAAACACUCUCUACACAUUUUCAAACUCUCUCUCUCUCUAACCCAACCCAGUACCCCACCCAACUCUCUCUCUCUCUCUCUAUCCAAAAACAAAGAAGAAUUGGGGAUGAAUAUUGAGUGAGUGAGUUGCAAGUGAUGAAUCAGCUGUUGUGAUACCCAACCCAACAAAGAAAAUAGAAAAAUAAAAAACCAACAAUUCAACCUUGCUGAGACCCCAUCUUCCCCACCCCACACCCAACUAGUCUAAUGGAACUAUCAGAUUUGCAAAACAACAACAACAACAACAACAGAGGAACUAGUACUACUCAUCAUCCCCACCACCACCAACAAGAACCUUCUCCUUCUCCUCCUUCUUCUGUUUUCGAUGGCAGACAAUCUGCACCCUUCAUCAUGGGCUCCAUGUCCAUCCAAGCUGGCCUCACCACAACCUCUUCUUCAUCUUCCUCUUCCAAUUCUUCUUCAUCAUCAUCUCCUUCUGCUUCUGUCUCCGCCCCCGUCCCCUCUCAACUCAUUGACGCCUCCUUAGCCAUCGCCACCAGAUCUGACCCUCCCACCCACCAGUUAACCAUCGCAGCCCCCACCCCCGCCCCCGUCACCACCGUCGCCAACCCGCCCAAGCGAUCCACUAAAGACAGGCACACCAAGGUCGAUGGCCGCGGCAGGAGAAUUCGAAUGCCGGCCACGUGCGCCGCCAGGGUUUUCCAGCUCACCAGAGAAUUGGGGCACAAGUCCGACGGAGAGACCAUCGAGUGGCUCCUCCAGCAGGCCGAGCCGGCCAUCAUCGCCGCCACCGGCACCGGGACAAUCCCCGCCAACUUCUCCACCCUCAACGUUUCUCUCCGAAGCAGCGGGUCCACGCUGUCGGCUCCGCCGUCGAAGUCCGCCCCGCAUACUUUUCACGGCGCGGCGCUUGGGCUGGCACACCAGUCUUACGAGGAAGCGUUCCAGCAGCACACACCUAUGCUAGGGUUUCACCACCACCGCCAACAGCUCAUGAGCGCUGAUCAAAUCUCAGAGGCGCUUCCCGGAGACUCCAGCGAGAACUAUAUGAGAAAACGCUACAGAGAAGAUCUCUUCAAAGACGACGCCAACAACCAAUCCUCGCAGCAAAACGAAACCGGCGAUGGCCCUUCUUCUCCCAAACAAUUCAAACCAGAUGGUGGCGGCGGAGGCUCUUCCUCUUCUGCUUCCGGACUUCUCCGACCUUCCAAUUUACUCCCCUCCGCUGCCAUGUGGGCUGUGGCACCAGCACCCGCCGCAACUGUUGGUGGCAGCACAAUUUGGAUGCUUCCGGUGACCGCGGGCGGCGCGGUCAAUUCCGCUUCAGACAAUCAACACACGAUGUGGCCUUUUCCUCCUCCACCACAAGCUGGUGGGAACGCGAAUAAUCCAGCUCAGUUGCAUUUCAUGCAGAGGUUCAAUCUUCCAACAGGGGGUGUCGGUGUUGAAUUCCAAGGUGGACGUAGUAGUGGUUUACAAUUGGGUUCCAUGUACCAACCACCCUCUCAGCAUCUUGGGUUGGCCAUGUCUGAUUCCAACUUGGGUAUGUUGGCGGCUCUCAAUGCAUACAGUAACAACAACAACAACAACAGAGGUUUCAAUGUCAAUUCUGAUCACCAAACUCAAAAUCAUCAUCAUCAUUCCUUGGAGCACCAACACCAAGCUCAGCCGCAACCUACUACAGACAGCGGAGGAGAAGAUGGUCCUAAUAGCUCGCAAUAACUGCCCCAAGCGUAUUAUUGGGAGUUUAAUUUGUGGUGUGUGAUUGCUGCUUUUAAAAUUCCAAUAUGAUAUGCAGGAUGAUGCUGAAAAUCAUACUUGAAUGUUGCUCUGGUGAUGUGUUUUUUAUUUGCUACAGUACUUCUCUUUUGGGGAAACCUGAUUUCAUAUCUUUAGGUUGUUUUGGGAAGUACAGCUUGGUAUGUAUUUACAGUUUGAUUUUGGUCCACAGGGACUUAGGCAACAGUGAGACUUUGUAUAGGAGGAAAUUUUUCUUGCUAUUCUUAUUUUUGCUUAUUUGUUUGUGUCACAAUAUGGGGAAAAAUUAUAAGAAAAUUUUGAAGAUCCA